AUGUCGCUCUUACGCGACUCGCCCGCACAUCAUGCUCCAUCCCACGAUCCGUGUAAACCUCGCUCUUCAUCAUCUCGGAACGACCUAUUCACCACUUCCUGGCAACCUGAAUUACCCCCUCCCAAACCAUUAAGCGAAGCUGCUGCUGCAGCUGGACCAUCUACGAGCAGUCUCAAUUCGAUAUUCGAUCUAGGCGGCAUCGGUGGACAGUCCAAUGCAUUACCAACAUCGAUGAAGAAGAGGGGUGAACUGGGAUUGAAAAUGGACUUAGAAGGUAUAUCAAACUCGUUCGCUCGCAAUACUACCACCAACACAGGAGGGGAAGGAAUGGGAGUAGAUGAAUUUGGAGUAUCAACGAAAUUACAAAACAAAUCGUCAUAUCCUACUUUAGAUAAGAAUGAUAUAUCCCCUUCACCCAGGACAUCAUCGUUCUUCGAUACUCCCAUUGAAAGUGUUACACCUCCCCCUGCACCCCGUUUGGUCAGUUCAUUAAAUGGGAUGAGCUCGUUCGCGCCCUCCCCUCUAAACUUAUCUAGAUCAUCAUCAGCCAUACGUAAAGUCCCCGCACCAUUACCUUUACCCGUGCAAGGCGGUUUCAUCGAUAGUGGUAUAGCUGGACCAAGUCGUCAAGAACAAAAACAAAAACAAAGAUCGAAUGAUAGUUAUACAUCAAAUUCUUCAAAAUCUGCUAUUGAAGAUCCUCUAUCUCCAUUACAUCAAUCCCCUCAAUUACCACCCAGCGGGUCGGGUGGAUUGGAAGGUUGGAAACCGCCUUUACCACCUUCUUCGGACGAUAUUGAACUACGUCUGGUACCCAACUCCACAUAUCUUUUGGGUGAAGGGAGAUAUGCCAAAGCCUAUCUUGCAUCGUAUAGGAGGAAGAGGAAGAACAGAUACGGACAUGGCUAUGGUGGUGGCGAUGGUGGAUCGGCAUCGAUGCAAGUCAACGAAGAUGGAGAUGGGUUGGUAGGGGGUAGUUGGAGGUUAUGUGCCGCGAAGAGAUUGGCCCCUGAUAGGGAAUCGCAGACGAUGGGAUUGAGGGAAGCUUUCUUCUUAAAUCGUUUAACUGGACCAACUAAACACUCUAUAAGUGCGGACAGGAACGGGCACGAUUACACUAGGCGGAUCAGACCUAGACAAAGAGCCGUAUCACCUCUGAGAGGAAGUCAUCAACCAUCAGAAGUGAUUGAUACGCAAAGUCAGAAACGUAAAAGACCAUGUGGGAGCGUAUACGUCGUCAAGCUCAUAGCUGUCAAAGAAGAUAUUGAAGGGUUUCCCACUCUACCCCAAACCCAGACGCAUGCAAGAUCCACAUCAGAUGUGUUAUCUGGCACAGGGAGUGGAACGGAUUCGAAACCAAUAGCGAAUACUAUAAGUGUAGGGGAUUUAAGGAGACAAAGGUCUUCAACAAUCAUCACUGCUCAUGCACCUCUACCACCCGAUUCAACCGGUACCUUACCUUCUUAUCCGUCUCUACCAUCUCUAGCCCAAUCGGUACGAUACGACCAACAUCAGUCUGCUCCCUCACUUUCGAGGUUGGUAUUGUUGCUUGAACAUGCACCGUUAGGUACCCUGGACAGAAUGUUGCGCACUAGUCCGCAACUUGUAGGAAGGAAGUUGUGGGAAAGAUGGGCGAGGGAAGGCGCUGAAGCUUUAGAGUGGGUACAUGGUAAAGGGGUGGUUCAUGCGGAUGUGAAACCUGGGAAUUUACUCCUCACCGUGGAUCUUCAUAUCCGACUAUCCGAUUUCGGAUCCUCCCUCCUCAUUCACCCUGCUCAUCCUCCAACCGACGGACUGGGUUUGGGCACUCUUCCCUUCUCUCCGCCCGAGUUGGUCGAUCCAACCCAGACAUUCUCAUUCCCCGUGGAUAUCUUCGCAUUAGGUGCGACGCUCUACCAAUGUCUAACGGGCCGAGAACCUUUCAGGGGUAUCAGGACAGUUGAGAUGAUGCAUCAUGUUCGGAAAGGUGGAUUGUGGGCAUACGAGGAGAGAGAAAGGUUUCAAAGAGUAGGAAACGAAGAUGGAAUGUCUACCGCUGGAAGUCCUUACCCAUCAGCUUGGAGAGGAUAUUCGAAUACUUCCACCACUGGUGCUGGAUAUCCUUCAGGAUCAGGCAAUGUUACUGUGGGAUUGGGUGGGGGAGUAAGAAGAGCAGGAUCCUUAAGGGUCCCACCGAGUUAUUCAAGAGAACAUCUAGCUGCGUCAGUUAUAGCCGAUGGGCAUGGGGUGGCUGGUGCUAAACCGAAAUUGAAGAGAAUGACUUCUGCUGAAAGAUUAAGAGCGUCAGAUGAAGCUACCAGUAGUGAAUCUCCUUCGGGGGUUAAACUGUAUGCGAACUGGGUUAAAUCAGGUCCCUACGCGAAUAGUACUUCAACGAGUAAUAUGUCUACGCCUGGACCUGGGUUGGAUGCUGUCACGAGGUUGUUAUCGGAUGAUGACGAGUUGGACGUUACAAGUCCGACAUAUGGUAUUUCAAGGAAUAGUUCAACCAGUCUUCAAAAAUCUCAAGCUCAGGAAGAUAGAUUAUCAUUGAAUAGAUCGACAAGUUUGAAAUCUGAAAGUCCUACAACGAUAAUGACAAUGAAUACAUCGGAUUUACCGAAAGGGAUGAUGACCGUCCAAUUACCUACACCCACUUCACCCUGUUCCGAUCACUUACCUUCGAUGGACCAGAUUAACGAUCUAUUGACGGAGAACAAUAGUGUGCGACAACAUCAAAUUUCGUUGAAUGAAGCUUAUCAAGAUGGUAGUCCGUCGAUGUUAUUCUUAGAUGGCUCAGAGAGAGUAUCAGAAGAAAUUAGAAAUGUAUUGAAAAAUAUGUUAAACCCUUUCCCUGAGAAUAGGAUGACUGCUUUGGAAGUUAGGAUGUACUGGGAUGAAUUGGGUUUAGGCUUGGAGGAUGAUGAUGAUGAUGAUGGUGAAGGUGAUGAUUGA